AUGGAUACCAAGGUGGAGAGAGAGACCACUGAUACCGAAUAUGAUGUUAUUGUGCUGGGAACAGGGAUCACGGAAUGUAUCCUUUCAGGACUUUUAUCUGUAGAUGGGAAGAAAGUGCUGCAUAUUGAUAAGCAAGACCACUAUGGUGGUGAGAGUGCUUCGGUGACUUUGUCGCAGCUUUAUGAAAAGUUCAAACAGAACCCUAUUUCUAAAGAGGAUAGAGAAGCUAAGUUUGGGAGAGAUAGGGAUUGGAGUGUCGAUCUGAUCCCUAAGUUCUUGAUGGCGAAUGGUGAACUAACUAACAUUUUGAUACAUACUGAUGUGACAAGGUACGUUGACUUCAAACAGGUAUCUGGUUCGUACGUUUUCAAACAGGGCAAGAUCUACAAAGUUCCAGCUAACGAAAUGGAGGCCAUUUCAUCGCCAUUGAUGGGUAUCUUUGAAAAGAGAAGAAUGAAGAAGUUUUUAGAAUGGAUAAGCUCAUACAAGGAGGAUGAAUCAAGUACCCAUCAAGGUCUUGACUUGGAUAAAAACACUAUGGAUGAGGUGUAUUACAAGUUUGGCUUGGGUAACUCGACUAAAGAAUUUAUCGGACAUUCUAUGGCUCUUUGGACCAACGACGAUUAUUUGAAUGAACCAGCAAGACCAUCUUUCGAGAGAAUUGUGUUGUACUGUCAAAGUGUCGCUCGUUAUGGUAAAUCUCCAUACCUAUACCCACUCUAUGGGUUAGGUGAAUUACCACAAGGUUUUGCUCGUUUGUCGGCAAUCUAUGGUGGUACGUACAUGUUAGACAACCCUAUCGAGAAAGUUUUGUACACUGAGCAAGGUAAAUUCAAAGGUGUUGAAACCAAAUUAGGUACCUUCAAUGCUCCAUUAGUCAUUGCAGACCCAACCUAUUUCCCCGAGAAAUGUAAGUCCACGGGCCAAAGAGUCAUAAGAGCAAUUUGUAUCCUAAAUCAUCCAGUUCCAGGUACAAGCAAUGCAGACUCUUUACAAAUCAUUAUCCCACAAAGUCAAGUCUCGAGGAAGAACGACAUCUACAUUGCUGUGAUGUCCGAUGCUCACCAUGUUUGCUCUAAAAAUCAUUAUUUGGCCAUUAUCUCAACCAUCAUCGAAACAGACAAGCCUCACAUCGAACUAGAACCUGCAUUUAAACUAUUGGGACCAAUUGAGGAGAAGUUUAUGGGAAUCGCCGAACUAUUUGAACCAAAGGAAGAUGGUUCUAAAGAUAACAUCUACUUAUCCAAGUCUUAUGAUUCUUCAUCUCAUUUCGAAACCAUGACUGACGAUGUCAAGGAUAUCUAUUUCCGAGUCACUGGUCAUCCGCUAGUAUUGAAAUCAAGAAAGGAUUCCCAAAACGAUUAG